AGAGUGCGGAGUGGCUCAUACGCAGCACCACGGCCGGGCGUGCGGAAUAAUGGUCGUUCCGCUGUCUCUCGGCGGGGGGCUACCGGAUGGGCCCAUGACACCGGAGGUGGUUGAGCGCUUCAAGUAUCUGAAGUACCUCGUCCUACUAUCGAAGCAAAAUCUUGAGUCAAGUCACUUCAUGCGAUGCAGGAGGAGUAUGUACUAACUUUGCAGCGCCAGUUUUCGCUCAUGAGCUCCGUGCACGAAGAUUCACAGGGUCUUUACGUGACUUGACUCCACGUUGCGCUUCGAUAGUUGCUCAUGUGGGUUCUCGCGGUACUACGAAUCCUGUCCGCCGAUGUCGCGGGCUUUCUCAAUCUGCUGCUCAGCUCCGUUGCAGGUAAGUGCCAAACUUAGACACACCCCACUUGUCGCUGACGCACUUUUGCUUUCAUAUCCGUCGGAGGCAUGCGAUACAUGUAAUAACUUGGAAAAAAUUUGUCUCACCCAGGUGUAUUCCUCUUGAAAGAUGACGAGACUUUCAUUGGCUGCUGGAACACACUUUUCAAGGACGGCUGCCUUCAGUUUUUCUACGGCGGCGGUAUGCGUUGCCUGCCCUGGUGCUGUAUCAUUUGGGGAUUCGUAUGCAACCAUGCAAACAUGACUCGUGGUCGUGUGCGCUUAGCUCGUCUGGAAGGAAGCGGUGUCUACAUCCCGGUUUGCAAAAGGGUAAAAAGUUCGAAAAUAGCCGUCUCACACUAGGGCCCAAUGAAUCUUUCCUGGUACAACUUGAGCGUUCAUGUACUACGGACACGAUCAUUUGUGAUGAAGCGGUCUUUGCAAUAAAAAGCUGUACCGUGCUAAAAUUCUCCGUCGGUGCUUCAAAACUUGCGGAUCAAGUAGAAUUCUCUGCAAGUGAUUGAAACUUCGCGAGACAGCUUUCCUGACCUUGAGUAGUUGUUUGCAUUCCAUACCGCAGCGGUUUCUGCGACCUCGCGCUGACGUUCAGUCUGAUCAGCAAGCUCGGGUCGCUCGUACCUUGCACCUUUUCCAUCCUCUGCUUCGAACCGAUUAUCAUUCUUGUUGCGGGACUGGUGCAGGUGUUCGCGUGCUACCACGGCUGGCAGGUGAUUAAACUGCACAUCGCGAUGCAGCCCCAAUUCCCCAACGUGCUGGACAUGCCGGUGUCACCGCAAAGCCGACCGGGCGCCUACGUCCAGAACGGUAUGAAGAUGAACUUGAAAAAUGAUUGGGUCCGGAAGAGUGUGUUGCUGGUUCGUGAAACAGCUUUUCCAUUUCUCCGAUGGUUUUCUGUGAUGCACGCAUGAGUAUGUCCAGUUUCAAGAAGACAUCUUUCUGGCUACUGCUACGCAUGAGAGAACUAUGCCAUUUCGCCACGCGAAAUGUGAGGACUUCGUGCUGGUCGUGCAAGACAGAUAGCGAAGCGUCGGCAUGACAUUCCUCGAGACCCAGACGUGUUUGCAAUGCAUAGUCGGCAUUGUGCAGCCAAGUGGCCAAACGCCGUACCAGCCAGUUCCCGGGCAGCUCACCGGCGUGUCCGGCCUCUUUGGAGGGACGGGCCAGAGACUAGACGGCGGGCCGCCGACUAGCGGACCAAGUGGCGCAGCCGCUGCUUCGUCAGGCGUGGGAGGUGGAUCCGGAGGUGCACCGUCGCAAACAGGCAACAACGUUCCGGCGCAACAGCCGAUGCUUCCGGGGGCUGGCGGGACGCAGUUUCAACCCUUCGCAGGCGCCGGGCAGAGGCUGGGUGAAACGGUGUGACGGGGCAGGGGAGAAUGGCUGUCGGAACUCAUUUUGUUGAUGUGCGCCGGUUGCUCAAUGACGGAAGGACGAAAUGAAGCCGCAGCACACGCAACAAAUAAAUAGUGGAAGUUGUUUUUCUGCGUGGCAAUGAAUACGCCUUAAAAAAGCAAUCUUGAAUAAAAGAUGCUUUAGUUAGUUAGCAC